GCAUUCAAUCCAAUCUCGUGUCUAAUUAUCCUUCCAACUCCUUCAAGGCCCCUGUUAAACACACUCAGCACUGCACAAAGCUACUCCUUCAGCUUUGCCUACCGUGCCUUGUUCUCCCCGCCCGCCGCUGGCGCCGAAACACAACACACCCACAACCAGCCAGCCUGUUUGACGCGUCGCCGCUCGGACCUGGGGCAGGUGUGUAUCUUCGCAUCAACACUGUCGCCGCCGCCGUUGUGGAUAACCUAGGCUGCGCAGCCGGUUGCUAGCAACCAGUCGCGUGUAGCUCUUGCCAGAGCAUCCUCACCAUCAUGGGCACCACGGGUCACCAGCCAGUGCAGGCGCCCGAGCUCGUCUCGACCGAGCUUCCCCUCGGCCCUGGGGACCAGUUGGCGCACCCGCAGCCGCCAUCAACGUCGCAGCCCAUCGCAACGACGUCCUCGGGCCACCCUCCAAAGGGAAGAAAGUUUCGCGCCUUCCUCCCCACCAAGAAUCGCGGUAGCGGGCGCAGCACCCCUACGCCCACACUCGACGAGGAAGAGGACGACGAGUGGCUCCUCGAAGGCACGUCGAGUAACGGCCAUGUGAACGCGGGCGUGUCUGUGGGUCGCGAGGCCUCUACUCUUGGGCGAUCGGUCGAUGCCCUCUCCCUGGGCGACUCGGACAAUACGGGCUCGGCACCCAUUGACCGCACGGAAAAGCGCAUGAGCAAGGGCCGAGCGCUGGCGAAGAAGACUUCUCGUCUCUUUGGCAGGAGCGCAAACGGUCACCACGACGAGCAAUCGGCGUCUUCAGCUGCACAGACGCAGCAGCAGACAUCGAGCAGCACGCUGGGCAUGCCGCCGGGCGCGGGCGUCCGCCAGUCUUCCUUCUCGUCCACGGCCUCGGGUGACAGUGGCCCUAGGUCGGCGAAGCACCACUGGAACAUCUCGCGGACCAACAGCAACGGAAGAGGGUCGCCUCCCCAUCGCGGAUCGCAGGACUCGUCGAGUCAGCAGCCCUCAUCGUGGCACCCCCCACCAGCCUUCCCCCUCCGCCGCACGUCUUCAUCCCAGGACGAUUCGGCGCACGUUCCUCAACCGCAGCCCCGCUCUCGCGAGAGCAGCCACCAUCUCAGCACGUCGGUGCCCUCGAUGAGCCGCAACGGCGGCAGCGCGCCCCCGACGCAUCCAAGACAAGAGGCAUCGCUGCCCGGUCGCGUGACGUCGUGGUGGUCCAACUUAUUGCCAACGGGGGAGCCCAGCGGUUCCCCAGUCCAGCAGGAUGUGUCGCAGCACCCGCCCUCUCCCCUUCGUAAGGGCCCCUCCUCGGCCGCGGCAUCGCUUCUCAAUGCUGCGCGCCAGAAGGCAGUGGGAGGGGUGAGGUAUCUCCUCGACUCGGACGCUCAGCCGGACAAGUGCGAGGAGACCAUGUGGGUCAUGGGCGUGGCUCACCCCGGCUGGACCCCAAGCUUGGACGACCACAACCCGUUCUUCACUGGAGAUCCGACCGGUACACCGCCGUCGUGGACGACCAGGAUCAAGGAAGGAAGCGGCACUCAUCCUUCACCUCCAACGAGCAAGUCGUUUGCCAACUUCUUCUCGCCCUCCAGUGCAAACCUCGUAUCGCAGUUUGACAACCCCCCAUCGACCCCGCCAUCAACGGCCGUGCCCGGCCGGAAUGGCAAGUCAAGCAAGGAGCCGCUCAAAUGGCCGGAACAAUUCUACGACGACUUUAGGUCAAGAGUGUGGUGCACCUACCGGUCACAAUAUGCCCCGAUUAUCCCGUACCAACCUGGUGCUCUUCUACUGUCGCCCGAAUCUUACUUUGGAGCCUUCUCAAAAGAAGGCUCGACCGCGCCGCCAUCAAUUGCUCCAAAGAACCCGCUCGAGCUCGCCGAACUGGAAGCGUACGCCACUUAUGUGCGCCUCUUGACGUGGUUCUUGGACGACCCUUCGCCCGUCGCCCCGUUCAGUGUUCAUCGCAUGGCCCUGGUCGGUAAGGAGCUCGGCAAGGAAGUCGGCGAGUGGUUCGGUCCAAGCACAGCAGCUGGUGCUCUCAAGACGCUUGCCAACUCGUUCCCUAUGUGUGGCCUGUCCGUGGCCACGGCUGUGGACGGGACAAUCUACAAGUCGGAUGUGUAUGCCGCGUCGCACAUUUCCUCCAAGGGAUGGACUCCAGGCGAGACGACGACAAAACAGCGUCCCACGUCAAUGCACCGCACGUCAUGGGGCGGCAAGCCGGUUCUGAUUCUCAUCGGCCUGCGUCUCGGCGUAGACGGCGUUAACCCAAUCUACUAUGACUCGAUCAAGGCCCUGUUCACUUUUCCCCAGUCGGUCGGCAUCGCAGGUGGGCGCCCGUCAUCCUCGUACUACUUUGUCGCGUCCCAAGGCAACUCGCUCUUCUACCUCGACCCCCAUGUCACUCGAAACGCCAUCCCGCUCAACGUGCCUCCCGUUUCAGUGGCCACAUCGGACCAACCUCGUCCAGCUCCUCCUGCCCACCCGGCGCCACCGACAAGACCUGUCUCCGCUCCCAGACCAGUCCCCAAGGAGGAAACGGCGGACGACUUUGCGAUCGACGACACGCCGGCCCCUGCCUCCACAACACCAACAGUUGACGUCGUCAAUGUCGAUGAGACGCCCACUGUGGAGCCGUCUCCUGCCCCAAAGAAGACGCGUCGUUUCACCGGUCCCCACUCGCUCAAGAUCCGGCCAGGUGCCCUCCGCAGGGAUUCUGACACGCCAGCGUCGCCUACGACACCUACACGGGCCAACAGCCAGCGAGGGUUCCCAGUCUCGCCGUCCCCAGCCCGCCCAUCGCAUCCUCCCCGCUCUCUUGCGAGCUCCACUUCGUCAUUACCGUCCCACUCGCCUCUGCCUGUGGACCCCCAGACGGCAUGGUACGCCAAUGCUUACCCGGACUCCUCCCUUCGCUCCUUCCACUGCGACCGCGUCAAGAAGCUGCCGCUUUCUGGCCUCGACCCGAGCAUGCUUCUCGGCUUCCUCUGUACUUCGGAGGCCGAGUUUGACGACCUAUGCGAUCGCGUCUCCAAGCUCCCUCAAAAGAUCUUCAUUGUUCAGGACGAGCCUCCGGUCUGGAGCGAGGACGAAGGACUCGAGAGUGUGUCGGAGCCGGAUGCCUCUGAGCCCGAGGACAACGACGACGACUCGGAUGACGAAGUGACCGGUGUUCUCUCCCCGGCUAUGCCUCGCGCACAACUCCCUGACGAUCUUGCGGCAGACUCUGCCAACACGACGGUUGAUGACAGCCACGACUUCGACUCGUUUACGUUCGACACGCCCUCUCGCUCGGCGACGCUGAAUGCGUCAAGCUCGCGACACACAACCCCUCAACAAAUCGGCGAAUUUGGAGAGGACCUGUCCAAGGAUCCGCUGCACAACGAUGCCACAGCCCGGCGAGAGCCUGAGCGCGGCGUGCCAGUGUCCGAUGAGCCGGGUCAUAUCGACGACCAUGUCACAAAGGCACAACCACCGCUUCCCACCCAAUCUGUCCUCGACCCAGCCACGCACGAGUUACCACCUCGAGCGAGCUCGAUCAACGCUUUGGCCCGAGCAACCGACAUCCCUGCCCCAGCAGGGGCGGCCAAGGCCGAGCACGAUACAGCCGAUCUGGACCACGAUCUCGAGCACGACACUCCAGACAACACCGCAACCCCCGCCAUGCCACCCAAGGCUGCGAUCGCGCGGCCGCUGUCCCCCACGCCGCCGCCGUUACCGCCCGUCGUGUCGGCCGCGGCGUCGGCCCACACUGAGCAGAACGACAUCCUCGUCAUCCAGGACUUUAUGGACACGAUCGACCAGAUCCCGACCGAGCUCACCCGCGUCCAUAGCGACUUGAACGAGCUGGGUGCUGUUUUGUACUCCACUCUCUGCAACCUCGAGCGCAAGCUCCACCAGCUCAUCGACUGGGUGCAGAGCCCCAGAGUCGGGCCGGAGCAGCGCUUCCAGCUCCUGCAGGAGAUUGCCGAGGAAGCCGCGAGAUACAAGCUCGGCGGCGACGACAAGAUCCGCGUCGCUGGCGGCGCGUGUGAUGGUAUCAUGGCUCACCAGCGUCAUAUCUCCAACCUGCUCAAGCACUCUACGCUGCUGGAAAAGGACCCGCCUUCGCCGUACACCGCGGCGCUUACGCUUCCCCAGCAGCCUGUUGCGGCGGCAACAAGACGCGGCCAGACAAGAGCGACGGGCUCGCCGUUCCCUGGCCGACAUGACGAUCGCGCGACGCCGACCAAGAAGCGCAAGAACCGCAAGGAGGUUGGGCGGGUUGACGACGACGACGCGUCGAGCGUCAACGGGCGUGACGAGAAGAAGAAGGCGCCAGUGAGAAAGAAGAAGACGAACCGCGCAGUGUCGCCAUCAGAGUCGGUCGCGUCGACUGCAGUGUACGGCAAGCCAAGCGAGCCGGUUGCACGGACGGCGCGUCAGAUCGCCGCCGCGGCGGCCAAGGCACGUGCCGCGCAGAAGAAGGACGAGGACUCGGACGAGUCGGGCGACGACGAGCCGCGGCGCGGCGGCAAGGCGAUGCAGGUGUCUGCGUCCAACGACUCGACGGCGGCCGGCGGCGCGCUGGGCAUCGACCUGGGCUCGCGCGAGGGCUCGGCCGGCAAGAGCGGAGGCACGACACCGGCACAGCAGUCUGGCGGGGACAAGCGUGCGCGUGCUGGUGGGCGUGGCACGAAGCGCGCGCGCGGAGACGAGGAGGACGAAGAGGACGACGAGGACCAGGACGAGGAGCCGCCCGCCAAGCGGCCCGGUGCUGCCGCCGCGUCAGCCAAGAAGAGCGCGGCGACGUCGUACGCCGAGUCCACGGUCGCGGAUACCGACAACGGCGCGGGCGAUGCAGAGGUCGACUCGAAGGUGUACUGCACGUGUCGGCAGUUUAGCUACGGCGAGAUGAUUGGGUGUGACGAUGACGAGUGCGAGAUUGAAUGGUACCACGUCGCGUGUCUCAACCUCGACAAGGCGCCAGAGGGCAACUGGAUCUGCCCGCAGUGUCUUGAGCGGCGCAAGCGCAACCCCAAGGCGAAGAAGCCUGCCAAGCCGAAGCGCAAGUAGGCUGGCUGCGAGGCUGGCUGGCCACGCCGGCCGGCAUGGGGACUGUUGUUUGGCGCUCGCAUCAACGAGCUCGACUGUUCGAUUAAGUACUGUUCGAUUACACUGUAUGCAUCACUAGACGUC